AUGGACGACGAGCAGCUCCCUUUGGUAAACCGCGACGCCAGCGACUCGCUGCAGCAGCAGCUGUCCAGCUACCACGAGCGCCAGCGCUCAAGACAGCAGCGUCGUCAGCGCUCCAAGACCGUGGGGCGCGCCACUGUGGGCUUCUUAGCGGCCUCUCUUCUCACUCUUCUGCUGGUGGCGCUCUCUUGGCCUGCACAGCGUAACGAGCGCGCGCUGGAGCUUCGUACGCUACUGGACGCUUAUCAGCACGCGAAAAACUUUUCGGGGGUCGUGCGACUGAGUCACAAUGGCCAGAAGAAGCUGCAACAGGCGAUGGGCAGCGCAAAUGUGCCUUUCAAGCAGCCCAUGGAGGAGCACAGCGUGUUCCCCAUGGGCGCCAACGUCCAGCUACUUGUGGCUGUAGCCAUGUAUCAAUUACAGGAGAAGGGGCUUGUAGAGCUGCAUAAGCCUGUGGACGAGUACUGGACGGUGACAGACUGGCGAGCGUUCGGGAAGAACCAGACGUGCUUUAAGGUCCAAGAGAGCGACGAAUGUGACCACGUGACAUUCCAGCAUUUACUGUAUAUGGGCUCAGGUAUUCAGAGCACAAGUGGAGAGAGAAUGCAGUCCUUAGAGCAGCAGAUAGGGGCGUUCAUCGGCGCUCCGUUGGCCUUUAAGCCGGGCACGAGCUACCGGUACGCAGAGGCGAACUACGUGCUGUUGGCGUACAUGGUGGAAAGACUGAGUGGCUUAAAGCUCGGAGAAUACUUAGACACACACGUUUUCCAAGUGCUGGGACUUAAACUGACGACGUAUGACCCGUAUGACGGCGCGUUACGAGUGCGUCACGGACUUGUAGACCAGUACGUGCAGUUUUACGCCCACCGAACGCCGAAUGCUACUGCAGACACCGCUAGUGACAGCUCCAGUGGGACGCAAGUUGUGCCGGAGAAGCAUCUGCAGCACAUGAGCACGGGAUCUUGCGCUAUCUACCAAACAUUGGACCAAAGUCUCCGCGGUUUGCAGUCGACGAGCAAGGAUAUGCACAAGAUCUACACGGAUCUCUUCCACGCACAUGGCCACCACUCGAAGCUGUUGCAGGCCAAGUCUAUCGCGCUGAUUGUGGGCACUCGCAACCCUGCGUAUCCUGCAUUCGCUCAGGGUAUCGGCGUCGACUUUGAGGAGAAUCCAGGAGCUAGAGCUGCUGACUGGCCUGCAAAGAUCGCGUUCUGCGGCAGUACCGCGUGCUCGACGACCUGUAUGGCCAUGCAGAUGCCUGCUGCCAACAUGUCCAUUGUCGCUAGCGCCUUCUCGAACGACGUGCGUCUGUAUUUCCCCAGCGUCGACGCGUUCUUUGCCUACAAACCUCGUGACUUUAUGGACAAACGAGACGCGACCAUCGACGCAUUCGAGAAAAACGACGGAGACGUCAACAUGUUGGCGUGGAGUUUGCUGCAGGUUUUCCUUCGAUUCUACACCACCGACGACUAA